AUGAGUGCACCUGUGAAGCUUCUCUGGUUUUGGUUUGCUCUGUUUUCAGGCCAGGCAUUUGGAGGGCGCCUGCUAAACCUGCUGGAGGAUCCGUUACCUAAUCAUGUACAGGUACACCGCGGUAUUUUCGACGAUAAUGGCUUAUACAGAAUGUUUGUCCCUGAGUCAUAUUCGGAAAAAUGGUUUUACUAUGGAGACAUUAUGGUUCCCAUUGUACAUUCUUGCCGACAAUUAACAAUCUGUGUGGAAGAGUAUCGUUCAACGACGACCUUUCUUGAGGUAAUAACAGUGUGUUUGGAUGAUAUUAACGCAAUUAGACGUUAUACUAGGCUGUAUGAAGUGCGUAACAAUAUACUUACAUGUCAAAGCCUGGCGAAAUUGCAACACGUCGUGAAAGGUUCUAUCUUGCUUACUCUGGAUUUGAGCCCGGGCGCAUCUUUGCAUCCUUACAUUGUAAAAAAGGUUAACACGAGCGAUCACGUUAUCCAGUAUCAGGUUAGCCCUGCAUCCAUAGAAGGGCGUAAGAAAUCGUCGCGCAAAAAGAUCAAUUACGCCAUAUUGUUUACCCAUGAUUCCAGUUCAUCACAAGAUAGAGGAUAUCCCACAUCACUUGUGGUUUUCCACGCUAAAUCUGUGGUCCUGAAUAUAUUGACUGGUUAUUUAUUUCUAAAACGAUUCGUCCCUAACCAGUUUUACAUCUAUACUGUACACCCUAAUGAAGGUACAAUUAAGCUUGUCACACCGUCAAUACCUUCUGAGAACCUCUUUGUAAAUCCGGCUAUGUCACCAUUUUCUGGUACGCCCCAAGUGACGGCUGUAACGAUAAACGUCACAUCUGUGGAGAAUCCUUCAAGCAACGUCUUGGUUAUUUACAAUGUACCGAAAGGGGAUUGGUUGUACUCCCGUCAUGAAGUGUUAAUCUUCUCGCAUGUCUGGCGCGUGGCGUGCUAUGUUAAGGACCGUAUGACCGAUAUACCUAUCUUCGUGUCUCCGGAGGAUGUCAUGGUAAAACAUGUGGAAACGUACAAUAAUCUGAAAGAUAACAAAUUCUUCGUGGUAAUCAAGACCGUAAAAAGGACUCCAGGUGGCUUUAUUACUUCCGAUAAACUCUUUCAACGCGUGGAAAAUGAAGGCAUGAUAGGUUAUAUACCUCAUUUUACACACAAGAAGCUAUUGUACGAAAUGAUGUUAAAAGAAGUUUACGACACUCCCGCUGCACCUGCCGGAGAAGCAAGAGGCGCGUUGCGAUACGAAAUGGACACAAGUGGAGCAUCGUUACCACCGGCAACGCCCAGUACUUCGACAUAA